GUUAAAGUGAUGUUACUUAUGGAUAGUGAUGACAUGCUGAUUGUGAAUCUAAUUUUGUGCAGAUUCGAAUUAUUAAUGCGUGUUGUGUGUUACACAACUUUGCAAGGGAUAGGCAACAUGUGAUGGAUGAUCUAUUGCUUCCAGAAGUUGACCAUGAACUAGAUGAUUUGGAACUUGAGACGGGGGAUGACGCUAACUUAAUUACAUCUGUUGAAGUCACAAAUGAAUGGACCAACUUUAGGCAAAACUUUGCAGAUGACAUGUAUGCUGAGUACCUUGUGAGGCAUGCAGAACUAGAGAUGUAGUAGCUUGAUGAUGGUAGUCUCAUUUUGUGUAGUAGCUUGAUGAUGGUGGACUCAUUUUGUGUAGUAUCUAGAUGAUGGUGGUCUCAUUUUGUGCAGUCGCUUGCUGGAUAUCUUUUGUGUGAUAGCAUAGGUGGCUGUGAUGAUGCCUUGUGUUGUACAUGCAUCACCUUCCCAUAUAUAUGAUAGUGUUUCUCUAAAAUUUUCACUUUCAUGUACCAUUUAUUUAUGCAUAAUCUUGAUCCAACAUGCUGUUUUUCUUUGUGCAUAUUUUUUUUUGUUUGUAGCACCAUGGCUGAAGGAGUUGUAAGGAGGAAUUACACCACAUGGGAUGAUGAGAUGGAUGGUGCACUGCUUGAGGUGCUUGUUGAUCAUCACAACAAUGGCGACCAUUCACAAAAUGGAUGGAAACCACAUGUGUAUUGUGCAGCCAUAAGGAAUGUGAAGGAGAAGUGCAACAAGAAUAUCACAAAGGACAACAUUUUGGGAAGGCUUAGAACUUUCGACAGGUACUAUGAAGUCAUUACCAAGAUACUUUUCCAAAGUGGUUUUGGGUGGGAUUGGGUGAAUCAUAAGCUAUCAAUGGAUAGUGAUGAUGUCUGGAUCAAAUAUGUGGAGGCUAAUAAGAAAGAGAAAGGAUUAGCUUCCUACAAGACCAAAGUAGUGAAGCAUUGGGAGUCCAUAUCUAUCAUAUAUUCAAAAGAUCAUGCCAAUGGUGAAGGUGCGAUGACUGGUGCUGAGACUACUGCAGAUCCAGAAGCAGAACCAAUAGAAAUCUCUCCAGAAGUGGCACCAAAGAGGCAACGAACAGGUGAGUCCAUUAUGUGCAUGAUUGGAGAAAUGAGGGCUACUUUCAAGGAUGCUUUGAAGACAACUGAUCCACUUCCACUGCCAAAAGCUACCACUCCUGCUGCAAUUCUUGCUGCACUUCAGUUGAUACCAGACUUGGCAGAGCCAGACAUGUUGCGAUCAUAUGGGAAGCUGAUUCUUAAUGAGCGUUUGUUUGAAGCUCUAAUGGAGUUGCCCAUGGAAAUGAGGAAGGCCUGGCUGUUAGUGUUGCCUUAAAUUUAUUCAAAUGUUGCUUUUCAGCUUGUCUUGUUUAACUACUUGAACCUAUUUGAACUAGUGCGGUGAUGUUAAAUUUAGAACUAUGUGUUGUUGUUGUUGAGAAUUUGGAAACUACAUAUCCGAAC